CUCGGAUCCCGGGAGGAAGUGCAGGCCGGCGCGCCUGACCCGGAAGCGCAUGUUGGCCCCGCCCCCUCGGCUCCCGUCUUCCUUCUGCCACAGCGUGGGUCACGCUCUCCCUCGCUCUCUUUCCGCCGCCAUCUUGGUUCCGCGUCCUUCGCACAAAAUGCCUGGCGAAGCCACAGAAACUGUCCCUGCCACAGAGCAGGAGCUGCCACAGCCCCAGGCUGAGACAGCUGUGCUUCCUAUGUCUUCAGCCUUGAAUGUUUCUGCUGCUUUAGGGCAGUCUGCACCUGCCCCUCCUUGCUCCCUGGCCCCCCAACAAAGCCCUCUAGUAACUGCUAAUCAGCCUUCCCCAUUCCCUUCGCCUAGUAUUUCCUCAACCCCUUUUGAAGUUCCUUUUCCCCAGCCAUCUUCUGAAACUGUACCUCUGGGAACUGCCCCUCACACUCCAACUUUCCUUCCACACCUAAUAGGGCCUCCCAUCUCCCCAGCUGCCUUAGCUUUGGCCUCUCCCAUGAUAGGUCCAACUCAGAAAGGUGCCCGGUCCUCUUUGACCCCCUUGUCUCUGGUUGCAGUGGCUCCUCACUCAGCUCAGAAGAGUUCCGUAUCUCCACCUCACCCUCCCAGUUUACCUUCAUCAGUUGCUGUAGUGGAGUCAGGGCCAUUAUCAUCUAUUGCUCCCUUAGAACCAACGGCUUCUACUAGUCAAAAACCCUCUCAGGUAGUUCCCAGUCUGAAGGGCGCUGCCCCAAGUCCUCCAGAUGUAGUCGGUGUUUUUCCUUCCCACCUUGAAACUUCCCUGGCCUCUCCUCCACCUGGAUUAGCAUCCUGUCCUCAAACACUGUCCGUCACUUCUCCAAUCAAAGGGAUCCCCAUUUCCUCAGCCCUGGUGCCACAAAAUAUGUUAAACCUUAACCUAAAUAGACCUGUUAGUUCACCUGCUCAAAAUACUAUAACUCCCAACAUCCUCCCGGCACCCCCUACUCCUCUGGGCUCACCUCUUCCACUUGUACAUCAUAGUUCUUUGGAUUCUCCUGUCCAGCCUUUACGUCAGUCAGGUCCUGGUGCUGUGUCAGAUCCUACAGUGAGUAAUACCAUUUCUGUAGCUCAUUCUGCUGUUGAGGCAUCUUACCCAUCAGAGCGAUCUAUAAUUCCUCCCCUUCCUUCCAGACAUGAGCUGGUUGCUGGUUCUGUGGCAGCUCUUUCAGUGAGGACUCCAGCAUCUGCCCUGGUUCCAUCUGUUGACAAAAGCAAUUCUGCUGUUACUGGUGUAAUCUGCAGCCCUCCUGGCUGCUCGGGUACGGCUGCUGCUUCUUUAUCUCCUAUGGCCUCUUUAAUUCCCAAAGGUUCUAAUGUCACUCAGCAGCCUCUGGUGACUCAGAUUCCUGCGUCUCCAAAAACUGGCUUAAAAGAAACUCCUGUCCCGUGUGUUGGAACCAUCCAACCUGCUAUGGAUAACCCUUCUACCAUUUCUGUUGCACCUGCCACUUUUAUGUCUCCUCCAGUUUCAUCAGGUCCUGCAAGUACUAAAGAUGUAACUUCCCCUGCUAGCUCACUUGUAACGCCUGCUGCUCCUGUAUCAGCUAGUCUAGGAGUACCAGUUUCUCCUCCGCCAGCCACUGAAGGUCUUAAAAAUCUUCCCACUUCAGCAUUGGUAAAUGUAGGAGCCCCUAUUUCUCCAACCCAGGUAGGACUCUGUACCAGAAAAGACCCCACUCUGUUUGCCCUGGCAGCACAUAAAGAGUCUCCCUCUCCUCAGAGUACAUCGCUUUUGGAGGUUCCUUCAGGAGCCACUGAGACAAAGACUGCGGAAGGACCUGCACCUGUAGCGAGGACAGCCAUUGCUACUAGUUCUUCCCUGGGUGCUGAUCCCUCAACUGCUAUCAAGACAGAUCCUGUCAGUCUGUCACUCAAAUGUCCUGUUGUAGCUCCUGCAAUGGCUCCGUUUCUUUUAGAAUCAUCUGAUCCUAAAGAACUGGCUCCUAGAACUGUCAAGGGUGCCUCUGCUUCUAAAACCUCCAUUACUACCACUUCACCUCUGGUUCCUUUAGCCUCUGAAAUUUGUCCUGUGUCUGUGGCUUUUAACCCUCAAAAUGUUUCUCUUUCUACAACUACUGAGGCAUCAGCUCCUGAAAUUCCCAGGUCUCUGUCCUUUCCUGCUCCAAUCCCAACUGGGAUUUCUUUUUCUGGUGCAAAGAAAGUUGAAGGUAUUUCUUCUGUGGUAUCUUUGGCCUCCUCUCCUGAAGGGCACCCAGAAGACUCAGGUGCUUCUGUGUCUUCAAAAGGAACUCUGAUUUAUCCAGCUGAUUCCCUAUCUAGUAUGUCUCCGCAGACUAAAAGGCCUUCGUCCAAGAAGGGUUCUGCUAUCCCAGAUGUUUCUCCUGCAACUCUUUCUUCUCUUUCUCCACUUGAGGCUGCCCUCCUUCCUGGGGCUUGUCUUUCUUUUCAAGGUCCUACAGACUCAGUUGAGCUUUCUCGCGUUCCUUCAUCUUCCAAAGGGAUCCCUAUACCUUCAACUGUGGCUCCUCCCUUCCCUGCCCCAACAGAGACCUCUAUAUCCCCCCAAAAGGCUCCAGCAACCUUGUUUUUCAAAGAUACCCCCGCUGUCCCAGCAGAAAUUCCUCCUUCCCCUACAAAGACCAUAGAAGCUACAGCUUCCAAACUGGUCCCUCUAAUCCAGCCCCCCAAAGUGGCCCCUAUUGUACCAGAUGUGACUCCCACUUCUCCCCAAAAAACUCCAGCAGCUCUCCCCAAAGAUACUUCAGCAACCCUGUCACUCAAAAGUGUCCCAGCUGUGACUUCUUUGUCUCCCCCAAAGGCCCCUGCAGCCCCAUCUCCUAAUGGAGCCCCCAUUGCUCCAACUGAGAUUGCCCCCUCGCUCAAAAAUGCCCCAGCAACUAUAACCCCCAAAGUUGCCACUACUCUUUCAGAUGUGACUUCACCCUCCCCACAGAAGACUCCAAAGUCCCCUAAGGGUGCUCCGGCUAUGACUCCUCCCUCCCCACCAAAAUCUGAAGCAUUCAGUGAGCCUCUAACAAGCCUAUCCCUCAAAGGUGCCCCUACUGCCCUAGCUGGUCCAACCUCCCCUACAAGGACUCCCAAAACUGCAGCACCCAAAGAAACUCUACCAGAAGGGGUCCCAACUGUGCCACUAGAGAUUUCUCCCUCGUUGAAAAAUACCUCAAAAACUGUAGGCCCCAGUGAAAGUUCAACAGCCUCAUCCUCUAAAAGGUCCCCCAAAAUUUCAGUCCCCAAAGAAACUCCAACCCCAUCAGAUGGGGUCAUCACUGCAUCUCUGGAGAUUCCUCCUUCCCCCAAAACUGUGGCCCCAAAAGAGGUUCCUGUGACUUCAUCUCCCAAAGGUGCCCCUGCUACCCUAGCCGAGAGUCCUGCCUCCCUUAAAAAGCUCCCCAAAACUGCAGCCCCCAAAGAAACUCCAGCAACCCCAUCUAUAGGGGUCCUAGCUGUGCCAGUAGAGAUUUCUCCCUCCCCCAAAAAGUCCCCCAAAACUGCAGCCCCCAAAGAAAUUUCAGCCCCACCUUCUGAAGGGGUCACCACUGCUUCACCAGAGAUUACUCCUUCCCCAAAAAAGGCUCCCAAAACUACAGCCCAGAAACAGAUUCCUGUGACUUCAUCUCCCAAAGGUGCCCCUACCGCCCUAGCUGAGAGUCCUGCCUCCCCUAAAAGGUCCUCCGAAACUCCAGCAACCCCAUCUCCUGAAGGGGUCACAGCUGUGCCACUAGAGAUUCCUCUUUCCCCCAAAAAGGCCCCCCAAAGUGCAGCCCCCAAAGAAUCUUCAGCUUUAUCCUCUGAUGGAGUCACAACUGUACCACAGGAGAUUCCUCAUUUCCCACCAACUGCAGCCCCCAAACAGGUUCCUGUGACCCCAUCCACCAAAGGUGCCCCUACUACCCUAGCUGAGAGUCCUGCCUCCCCUAAAAAGGCCUCCAAAACUGCAGCUCCCAAAGAAACUCCAAUAACCCCAUCUUCUGAAGGCAUCACAGCUGUGCCAGUAGAGGUUUCUCCUUCCUCCAAAAAGGCACCCAAAACUGCAGCCCCCAAAGAAAAUUCAGUAACAGCAUCCCCCAAAAGGCUACCCAAAACUACAGCCCCCAAAGAAACUCCAGCCACAUCUGAAGGGCUCGCCAUUGUACCGCUAGAGCUUCCUUCCCCCAAAAGGGGCCCCAAAACUGCAGUUCCCAAAGAAGCUCCAACUACCCCAUCUUCCGAAGACAUCACAGCUAUGCCACUAGAGAUGGCUCUUUCCCCUAAAAAGGCCCCCAAAACUGCAGCCCCCAAGGAAAAUUCAGCAGUGCCAUCUCCCAAAAGGUCCCCUAAAACUGCAGCCCCCAAGGAAGCUUCAGCUCCAUCUUCUGAAGGAGUCACUACUGCACCACAAGAGAUUUCUUCCCCCCUAGUUGCAGCCCCCAAACAGGUUCCUGUGACCCCAUCCACCAAAGGUGCCCCUACCCUAGCUGAAAGUCCUGCCUCCCCUAAAAGGGCUCCCAAAACUGCAGCCCCCAAAGAAACUUCAGUAACUCCAUCCCCCCAAAGGGCCUCCAGAACGGCAGCCUCCAAAGAAACUCCAGCAACCCCAACUCCUGAAAGUGUCACUGCUGUGCCACUAGAGAUACCUCUUUCCCCCCAAAAGACCUCAAAAACUGCAGCUCCCAAAGAAACUUCAGCAACGUCAACCUCCCAAAGGACUUCUAAAACAUCAACCCCCAAAGAAAUUCCAGCCCAGCCCUCUAAAGGUGUUUCAGUUGGGCCACUGGAGACUUCUUCCCCCAGAAAGGCCCCUAAGAUGUCAGGACCCAAAGAUGCACCCACAGUCCCAUCUCCAGAAGGGGUCGUAGAUGGGCCACUAGAGAUUCCUUCAGCUCCCAAGAAAGUCCCCAAAAUGGCAGGCCCCAGAGAAACUCCAGCAAAGCUGUCUUCUGAAGGGGUCACAGCUGGGCCACUAGAGAUUACUCGCUCCCCCAAAAAGACCUCAAAAACUGCAGCCCCCAAAGAAAAUUCAGCAAUGCCAUCCCCCAAGAGGUCCCCCAAAACUGCAGCUCCCAAAGAAACUAAACCAUCUUCUAAAGGAGUCAUUACUGCACCACUAGAGACUGUUCCUUUUCCCCAAAAGGCCCUUAAGACAGCAGGACCCAAAGAAACACCAGCAGUGUCUCCUGAAGGGGUCACCACUGCACCAUGCGAGAAUCCUCCCACCCUGCAGAAGGCCUCAGCGCCUACAGCCCCCAGAGCCAACCCUGCUGACACACAGGAUGCUGUUUCCCUCGGGGAGACUCCAAUAACCCCAGCUGUCCCCCCAGUCAAAAAUGCUUCCUCCCGUAAAAAAGCCGCAAUGCCUGUAGCUCUCAAAGAAACUCCAGCAGCCCUGUCUCCCAAUGCUGCCCCAGCUAUGAUUCCUCCCUCUCCCUCAAAGAGUCCAAAAACUCCAUCAUCCAAAAAGGCACCAAGAACUUCACCCCCUAAAGAAUUCCUGACAGAUCCUUCUCUUGACGCUGUCACCACUUCACUGCCAGAGGUGGCUUCCUCUUCGCAAAAGGCCCCAGCAACUGCAGCCCCCAAAGAGAAUUCAACAACCCAGCCCAUUAAAUGCAACUCCACUGUCACAACUGUUACUCCUAUCUCCAAAAAGACUCCAGCAGCCCCAUCUCCUGGAGGUGCUUCCACUGCCCCAUCUGGGACUUCUCUUUCCCAAAGUCCCCCAGUCAAGAUUUUCCCCUCCGAUAAGGCCCCAGUUUCCACAUCUCCUGAAAGGGCCCCUAUUGCCCCAACAGCGGUAGCUACAAGAGAAGUCACCACAGUCCCAACUUCUAAAAAGGCCCCAGCAACUGAGACCUCCAAAGAGACUUCAACAGCUCCAUCUCCCAAAGGGACCCCUACUAUCUCUUCUAUGGUUCCUGUCUCCCCCAAAGAGGUACCAACAGCCUCAUUUUCCCAGAGAUCCCAAGCUCCCAAGGAGACCUUAGAAACUUCAACAUCCAAAGGAGUUGCUACCCCCACAAUUAACUCUCCUUUAGCUCCGAAAAAGGCCCCAUCCUCCAAAGAGGUUCCCAUUCUCUCAUCUAUCACUCCUUUCCCUAAAGACUCCCCUCCUAGCACAGGGACUAUUAGCCCUCUGGCAUCUGAGAAGCUCCCAGCAAAGAAAAAUCCUACAGCUCUCAAAGAGGAGGUACUUGCUGCACCCACUUCAGAAAGUACAUUAGUCAUCACUACUCCCGUUCAGAAAGGCCCAAAAGCCAAGAAGAAUUCUUCACCUCCUAAGUGCUCAGAUCCUUCCACUAAGAAAGAUACAAAGGGCCUCCUUUCUGCAGUAGCUCUAGCACCUCAUACAGUUACUGUUGAGAAAGACUCUUCAAAAUCUGCAAAAGCUCUGCCUGUUUGCCCUGCAAAAGGCAAUGUUUGUCUUCAUUCCCCAAAGGGUCCCGAGGCUGCUUCUCCUGAGUCUCAGAUAGCUACCCCUCUGACAGCAAUAACCUCUGACAAACCCCUCCCUGAAGCUGGAUCGGCACCUGUGACUCCAAAGCCUACCCCACCAGCUCCCCUGACUCUUGCUCCCUCCCCAGUUCCCCCUCUGCUUCCUAAACAGCCAUUUCUUCAGUCCUCAUCUGGGUCAGUGCUGGAAUCGCCCUCUAAGCUCCCAGCCCCUGCUGAUGAGGAUGAGCUGCCGCCUCUGAUUCCCCCUGAAGUGGUCUCUGGGGGAGUGCCUUUCCAGCCGGUCCUCGUCAACAUGCCCACCCCUAAACCUGCUGGGAUCCCUGCCCCAGCCCCCUCUGCCAAGCAUCCUGUUCUGAAGAACGACAAGGGGUCGGGAACAGAAUCUGACAGCGAUGAAUCAGUACCAGAGCUCGAGGAACAAGACUCCACACAGACAGCCACACAACAAGCCCAGCUGGCGGCAGCAGCCGAAAUCGAUGAAGAACCAGUGAGUAAAGCGAAGCAGAGCCGGAGUGAAAAGAAAGCACGGAAGGCUAUGUCCAAACUGGGUCUUCGGCAGGUUACAGGGGUUACUAGAGUCACUAUCCGGAAAUCUAAAAAUAUCCUCUUCGUCAUCACCAAACCAGAUGUCUACAAGAGCCCAGCUUCAGACACCUACAUCGUAUUUGGAGAAGCCAAGAUUGAAGAUUUGUCUCAGCAAGCACAGUUAGCAGCUGCUGAGAAGUUCAAAGUGCAAGGUGAAGCUGUUUCAAACAUUCAAGAAAAUACUCAGACUCCAACAGUACAAGAGGAGAGUGAGGAGGAAGAGGUUGAUGAAACAGGUGUGGAAGUUAAGGACAUAGAAUUGGUCAUGUCACAGGCGAAUGUGUCCAGAGCAAAGGCCGUCCGAGCCCUGAAAAACAACAGUAAUGAUAUUGUAAAUGCUAUUAUGGAAUUAACAAUGUAACUAUUUGACAGCGAGGACACUCCCCCUCCCCUCUUUUUGGUGUUUCAAAGGUGGAACUGCAGCUUGGUUUGAAAUUUGUACUGUUUCUAUCACUAAUAAAGUUAUAGCUUCUUGUUGGAUGAA